AAACCAGGCUCACGCACACGCAAUUGCCCAUUGUCGGAAGUCCAUAGCUUCGAUUCCAUCAGAUUAACAAUGCCAGAAAAGAAAGAGAGGAGAAAAAGCUGAGUUUCUGUAGAGAGAUGAAGAUGAUAAUACCAGGAGAUACCUUGUGCUUUUGAUUUCGUUUUUAUUUUUAUUUUUUUUCAUUUUAUCUGUAAUUAACCUAGCCCUAGAUUAGGAAUUUUCCCCCUUUUCCUUCAUUCUCUAAUCUCCAGAGAGCCACGAAAUUGUAGAUCUCAAUUCCCUCUUCUCUCCUUUAUUUUUUUAAACCUGUUUUCGUUUUCUUCGUUUCCGUGGGACUUUCUCGAUUUGUUCGUGCAGUUGAUUCGGUGUAUAGUUUUUUUUUUUUAAUACCUCGGGAUUAGUUUUUUUCGCAAUUCUGGAAUUUUUUUUUGGAAAGGUGUUGGGUGUUGUAUUAGGGUUUGUAUUGUAGCUAGUGGGUUUCAAUAUUUGAGUUUCUGUGGGUUGUUUUGAUGGAGCCACGCGUUGGUAACAAGUUUCGUCUGGGUCGAAAGAUCGGCAGCGGGUCGUUUGGGGAGAUCUAUCUCGGAACUAAUAUCCAGACAAAUGAAGAGGUUGCCAUUAAGCUUGAAGGUGUCAAGACAAAGCAUCCUCAAUUGUUAUACGAGUCAAAGUUAUACAGAAUCCUUCAAGGAGGAACUGGGAUUCCAAAUGUGAGAUGGUUUGGGGUUGAAGGGGAAUAUAAUGUUCUCGUUAUGGAUUUGCUUGGACCCAGUCUUGAAGAUUUAUUUAACUUCUGCAGUAGGAAACUCUCUUUGAAGUCAGUCCUUAUGCUUGCUGAUCAGAUGAUCAAUCGUGUUGAGUUUGUUCAUUCAAAAUCGUUUCUUCAUCGAGAUAUCAAGCCGGACAAUUUUCUCAUGGGAUUGGGAAGGCGUGCUAAUCAGGUAUACAUGAUUGACUUUGGUUUGGCAAAGAAAUACAGAGAUAGUUCAACCCAUCAACACAUACCAUACAGGGAAAAUAAAAAUUUGACUGGAACUGCUAGAUAUGCAAGUAUGAACACUCACCUAGGAAUUGAGCAAAGCCGGAGGGAUGAUUUAGAAUCUUUGGGUUAUGUUCUUAUGUACUUCCUAAGAGGAAGUCUUCCUUGGCAAGGUCUGAAAGCGGGAACUAAGAAACAAAAGUAUGAGAAAAUUAGUGAAAAGAAGGUCUCCACUUCAAUUGAGGCCUUAUGUAGGGGUUAUCCAACCGAGUUUGCUUCCUACUUCCAUUAUUGCCGAUCAUUACGAUUUGAUGAUAAGCCUGAUUAUGCUUACCUGAAAAGAAUAUUUCGUGAUCUUUUUAUCCGUGAGGGCUUCCAGUUUGAUUAUGUCUUUGACUGGACAAUUUUGAAGUAUCAGCAAUCACAGCUGGCUAAUCCUCCUGCCCGUGCCCUUGGCCCCGGAAUUGGAACUAGUUCUGGAGUGCCCCCUGCUAUUGCCAGUGCAGAUAGACAGACAGGUGGGGAACAAGUUGGCCAGUCAAUAGAUUCUGCUCGUCGUAGACUUUCAGGACCGAUGCUAAAUACAGGAAGUUAUGCAAUGCAGAAGAGUCCAGUUUGCAAUGAUUCUCCAGUUAGCAAGGACCCUAUGUUACCAAGCUCUGCUCUCAUGGGCCGAGCAAGUCGAUCAUCAAGGCAAGCUGCUGCUGUUUCAACCAGUCGUGAUAUGUUCAUUGGAAAUGAGACUGAUCCCCAACGCUCGCGCACAACUGAUGCAAGCCCCGGAACCAUGCAUAAAAUAUCAAGUGGGCAAAGGAGUCCUCCUCGUGGAACUGCAGCAGCAGCAGACCCCAGGCGAUCAUCAACAACCAGAAAUGCUACGCAAAUGAAGGCCUAUGAAACCACCCUCAAGGGAAUUGAGAGCCUGAAUUUUGACAGUGAUGAGAAGGUUCAUUAUUAGUUGCUAAGCACUGCAAUAUUGUAAAUCGUGAAGCUGGUGUGCUGUUAUGUCUGCAAUUGGAUGGUCUAUCCUAUGGAGUUGAGUUCUGGAAGUUGUGAUUGGAGCCCUUAUAGCUACAGAUUUCAUUUUGUAUGAUCAGGGCGUCUGCUGAUUAUGCAGAAAAAGGGUCUGGGAAGGUGAAGGUCUCAAAUUAGAAGGCUCCUUGCACAGAUGUUGGGUGUGUUGAUGCGCGGUGCCCCGUUUCUGUUCUCCAGAUAUUCUAUAUAGCUUAACCUAUUUCUGCUGUCUCAUUGUUCACUUGAGCCAUUAUUUUCACGUGUUCCUUCGAUUCAUAAGUUUAAAACUUGAAGCCACUGUAAAUUGGGCGUUGUAUUCAUGUUACUCUCAGUUUUCAAAGCUUUAGUAGUCCUAGAAGGCUGAAGAACAAAUGUGGGCAACUUGAAUGUUUGGUCUGGGGCUUCUUUCCAACUUAGGUUGUGGCCUCAAACUUGCUUUUAAUAUUUUAUCCUGGGUUUUACCUAA